AAGAGAGACAUUUAAAGGCCCAUUAAAUCGACUAGGGUUAGUUCUUCUAAACCAUUGAACGCCUCAUAUAAGCCUCCGUCACACCUCCGUCUCUGUCACUCGGCGUUCUUGAAGAAGCAAAGGAACAGAGAAAGAGACAUAAAAAAAAUGUCGGAGAAGAAGGGAAGGAAAGAGGAGGUGGUGACCAGAGAGUACACCAUUAACCUUCACAGACGCCUUCAUAGCUGUACCUUUAAGAAGAAGGCUCCGAAGGCAAUCAAGGAGAUAAGGAAGUUUGCAGAGAAGGCAAUGGGGACAAAGGACGUGAGAGUUGAUGUGAAGCUGAACAAGCAGAUUUGGAGCAAAGGUAUCAGAGGUCCUCCUAGAAGAAUCAGAGUCCGAGUUGCUCGUAAGAGAAACGAUGACGAAGAUGCCAAGGAAGAGUUCUUCUCCCUUGUCACUGUCGCUGAAAUCCCUGCAGAAGGUCUCUCCGGUCUUGGCACUAAAGUCAUCGAUGAAGAGGAUUGAUCAAUCUUGUAAUCUCUUAUCAGAUAGUUUUGUUUCUCAACUUUGGUAUUACUUUCGAAUCAAUGAUCCAGUUUAUUGGAGAGAACGUUUAUCUUCUUCUUUAA